AUGGACCGAGAUGAGAAGAAGCUUCAAUUUAGCUCGUUAAUCAGUUCCAAGUUCGCCAUUGCUAAUCGCCCUCGAGCUUCGAUGGCUCCUCCUCCAUGGUUACAUCUCCAUUUGAGAAGAAGCUCCAUGAAAGCUCCUAUCAGCUAUAACCGAGUCCAGUGCCUCUUCGUUCGCACUUCUUCAUCAAACUCCAGCGAAUUCAUUUCCGGUCAAAGACGCAUAACCGGCGGGACCGAGAUAUGCGGCGGUCGGAAAGGAGAAGAGGAAGUACGACUUACAUUUGCUAUCUCUCGGCUGAUUCCUUCUUCUGUUUAUCAUCGUCACCCACACGCCUCCAUAGGUUUUAGAGGUUUCUCUUCUAUUAGUUCCGAUGGUAGCAGCGGACCUGAUGAAGGAAUUGAAUCUGAAUGUGACGACAAUGAUGAAGACGAUGAUGAUGUUAGAGAUGAAAUCGGGGUCAGCUGUGUUGAUUCAAGUACGAAUCCCGAAGAAGUAGAGAGAGUCUGCAAAGUGAUUGACGAAUUGUUCGCGUUAGAUAGAAACAUGGAAGCUGUUCUCGACGAAAUGAAUGUAGAUCUAUCUCAAUCUCUCAUCGUAGAGGUUUUACAACGGUUUCGUCACGCGAGGAAGCCGGCGUUUAGAUUCUUCUGCUGGGCUGCAGAGAAACCAGGAUUCGCUCACGAUUCAACAACAUACAACUCAAUGAUGAGUAUUUUAGCAAAGACUAGACAGUUCGAGACGAUGAUUUCUCUGCUCAAUGAGAUGGGUGAAAAGGGGUUGUUGACGAUGGAGACAUUCACAAUCGCUAUGAAGGCUUUCGCUGCUGCGAAAGAGAGGAAGAAAGCUGUUGGGAUCUUCGAGCUGAUGAAGAAGCACAAGUUUAAAAUCGGCGUUGAGACGAUUAAUUGCUUGCUUGAUAGUCUCGGCAGGGCUAAGCUUGGGAAAGAAGCUCAGGUUCUGUUUGAUAAGCUCAAAGAGAGGUUUACUCCGAAUCUCAUGACUCACACUGUGCUACUCAAUGGUUGGUGCCGUGUGAAGAAUUUGAUGGAAGCUGCUAGGAUAUGGAACCAUAUGAUUGAUCAGGGCUUGAAACCGGACGUUGUAGCUCACAACGUUAUGCUUGAAGGCUUGUUGAGGAGCAGGAAGAGGUCUGAUGCGAUCAAGUUGUUCCAUGUCAUGAGAGCCAAGGGACCUAGCCCUAACGUUCGUAGCUACACCAUCAUGAUUCGUGACUUCUGCAAACAGUCGAGUGUGGAAACUGCUGUUGAGUACUUUGAUGAAAUGGUUGAGAAAGGGUUGCAACCCGAUGCUGCGGUUUACACGUGUUUGAUCACGGGGUUUGGGACUCGGAAGCAGCUGGAUACGGUUUACGAGCUGCUGGAGGAGAUGCAGGAGAAGGGACAUCCUCCUGAUGGGAAGACGUACAACGCUCUGAUCAAACUGAUGGCGAGUCAGAAGAUGCCGGAGCACGCCACGAGGAUCUACAACAAGAUGAUACAGAGCGGGAUCGAGCCAACGAUACACACGUUCAACAUGAUGAUGAAAGCUUACUUCGUGGCGAGAAACUACGAGACGGGGAGAGCGGUUUGGGAGGAGAUGAGGAAGAAAGGGGUUUGUCCUGAUGACAACUCGUACACGGUUUUGAUCAGAGGGCUUAUAGGGGAAGGGAGGUCGAGAGAGGCGUGUAGGUACUUGGAGGAGAUGCUUGACAAAGGAAUGAAAACUCCUUUGAUUGAUUACAACAAGUUUGCUGCUGAUUUCCACAGAGGAGGACAACCGGAGAUAUUUGAGGAAUUGGCACAGAGAGCUAAGUUCUCUGGGAAGUUUGCUGCUUCAGAGAUCUUUGCAAAAUGGGCUCAGAUGACUAGAAGGAAAUUCAAACAGAGAUUCAAGGAAGAUUAA